AUGUGUUCGUGCAUCGGUCAUCACGACCUCUGCAUGUGGCUGCAAGACGCAGGCGCACCCCUCGGCGGCCGUGGCCCUCGUGCAGCCGCGCGUGCCGGCCACACGACACUUAUGGAACACCUUUUGAGGCCCCUUACCCGCGAGCAGGUCGGCGUGCCCAAGCUGCUCGCCGCCGUGGCGGAAGGCUGCGACCUAGCGACACUGCAGCGCGUGUACCGAACCUUUGUUGAGUCCGGCAGGGGUGAGGUUGUUGUUGGUAUCGGGCGCCUGGGAGAGGCCGCAGCUGCACGGGUUAUCGCGGCGGCCGCUGGAAGCCCCACGCCGGACUGGCAGGCCAAGGUGGAGUGGCUCCGGAGCCGCGGCUACCCCCGCGAGGCGAGCGCCUGCGAAAGCGCUUUAGAGGUGCGUCCUCCGGCCGCAGGCCCCGCGGGCAACGCAGACCUGCAGCUCGAGUCGCCAUCCGAUAUGGGUCUUAAACGAUUGAUCUGGUUGCAUCAUCAUCAAGGCUUUCCGGUGGGCCCAUGGGUAGCCUGUGCAGCAGCACGGCGUGGUGACGUCGGUGCGUUGCGCCUGGUGCUAGACGCGGGCAUUGAGCUGCAGGACGGACGCGCUGCCUAUGCCGCGGCGGAGCGCGGACACGUGGCCGUGUUGCAGACGCUGCACGAAUGCGGGUGUGCAUUGGCUGCCAAUGAGUUGUCUGAAGCGGCGGCGCGGGGGGCUCACGUGGACACGGUUGCAUGGCUUGUGGACGUGCUGGCAGCGCCUCUGACGGGGCGGCUGUUCAGCGCCGCGGCGCAGAGUGGUAGCAUGGAAAUGAUGGCAUGGCUGCAGCGACGAGACUGCCCUGCGGAACCGAGCACGCUUGCGUGGUCGGCAUGGGUGGGCUGCUCCGAUCAGAUCGAGUGGCUGGCAGCGAACGGCUGUCCCAUGGGGGACGACGGGGAGCCGUACCUGUGGGCGGGCUACAAUGGCGAUUACCCUGUGCUCGAGUGCCUGCGUCGCCUGAGUUGUCCUUGGAGCCCAGACGGCGCCACCUUUACACGCGCCGUCUGCCUGGCAGGUGAUGAGGAGCCAGGCCACAGCGGCGACGUGGGGUGGUGCUGCAGCCUAGAUGUGUUGCAGUGGCUGGUCGAACAUGGCUGCCCCGUGGACUGGCCCGCGGCUGAGAAGGUUGCACGGAUGCGCCGCGAAGGCAGCUCUGCUGGCGCGCGGGGCUGCGGCAGCGCCCCGCCUGCUCAAGCAGCUGCCAAGGAGCAGCUGCCAGCGUUUACACGCAACACUGUGAAGGCCGACGAUGCUGUAGAAAGCUGCCCGGUUGCGUUUGGAUCCUGGAUCCUUAUCACGUGCUGCUAUGUGCUGCGAUGCGAUAACCGGACUGCCCUCAUGUUGGACGACACCUUACGUUUGCUCAGCAUUCCAGUGAGGACACAGCUUCCAAGGAAAUGCUGGCUGAAGUAGGUCCACCAAAUCGAUACAAACGUUAUCGCUUAUAAGGACUCAACAGGUGCAAGGUAGGGGACGCGCUGGACAGCUUGAAGAUAGGGCUUCGACGUUUCCCCUGCGUUGGUUUCGAACGACGGCGGAAGCCAUGACUCUUCCGAGCGACUCACGAGAGUUAUCCUCAGCAUCUGAAUUAGAGGAAGCCAGCAAGGUGCCUUCGGUGCAUGGCGACGGGUCUAUUUCUCUCACGGACGAUGAAGGCUGGCCUACAUGCUCCUCAAGGAGCCGCUGCCGUCGCCCAAAGUGGACAAGAGAAGAAGAAAUGGUUCUUGUGGAAGCUCACUGCACUUUGGGAAAUGCUUGGGUCGCUAUUGCAGAAUGCCUUCCUGGCAGGACGCCUUCGGAGGUGAAGAACAUUUGGCACAGCACGCUGCGCGCACGCAAGCUGGAAACUCGCUCUAUGCUUCGAGCCUAUGUAACGGCACUCAAGGACAGGGCCGACAAGCCGGCAGCUCGGCAGCAGGCCAUGCGAGCUGCACAAACGUGUUUGAGUGAGACCGCCGGCGGCGACGUCUUCCCUCCGGGCAAACGGACGCACAAGCGGUCAGCUGCACAACAACAGCAGCAGCACCAGCCGUCGCAAGUGCGGACGCGUGACACGUGCGCGGGAGCUGGUGCGGGAGCUGGAGCUGGCCCCAAGCCAACUGAACAGGACGACGCUGGUGCGGCAGGGACCCAGGCGCUCCGUAGACCCAGCGCCGGCGCCGGCGCUGACGCAGCCGCCUUCACCUCCGUGGCGGCGUUCACCCUCUCAGCGGGGGCCACUCCCACAGCUGACACCAGGGCGGCCGCUGCUGCUGCUGCCGGAGCGGCUGCUGCUGCGGCACCCACUUCCGGUCACAGGUCCAGCCUUGGCAGCGAGUGGAGUACCGUUUCGUCCGGAGCUCAGGAGCCGUGUCAUCCAUCUGCGGGAGGUCAUUCCGCCACCGCCACCGCCACCGUGCAUCUGCCAUCCGGCCCCAGCAGCGGCGACUUCACGACAGCUACAGCGACCCCACCGCAGGUCCUGUCCUUCAGCCCCACCGUGAGCCCCGCGAGCUCCAUCUACGCCCUCCAGCUGCCAGUACCGUCACCCGCUGCUGCGGCCGCCAACCCCAGCGGGCACCGAGCCAGCGCCGGGGCUCUGGUAACCCUGAGCACCACCGGCGGCCGCGUCGGCUCUCCAGCGGUGCAGCACUCGCACUCUCCAGCGGCGGCUGCGUCGGCCGCAGCCAAUUUCAAGGCAACCCUGCCGCACAGCCUUGCCGCUAUCACCAGCGGCAGCGGCUCCGCUGCCGCUGUUUCUACUGCCACUUGCGGUGGCGGCAGCGGCGGCGGCGAGGCUGCCAGUUCCCCCGGUUGGCUCGUACCUUACGUGACAUCAACCCUGGCGGAUGCGACGGACUCACAGCUGGUAAUGAGGCAACAGCAGGCGACAGCACCGCAUGGCUGGGGGCAAGGACACGGGCUCGCGUGUUCAUCAGCGACGCAAAUGACCUGGGAACCGGGUAGCGUUACACCGGCAACACCGCCGGGCGUUGCGGCCCACGCGGCCGACAGCUGCAGCGGUAGCGGCGGCGACACGCGCAGUCUCUGGGCCGGUGUUAGCGGGCGGGCGUUGAUGAGCCCAACCGGGGCACAUCCUGGCACGCAGGCGGCUCCCUUGGCGGUGGCCUCGUCCGGCGCCACCAUUGCGGCGAGCGGCUGCCCUGCGGCGUCGAAGCAGCCCUUCGCUGUGUCCACGGAACACACAACCGCGAUGAGCGGCUCGCAGUUCCGGGGAGCCGUACCGAUCCCCUUUAGCGGGCUCGGCAACGGCCCCGCAGCCACCAACAGCGGCAGCGACGGCGCCGGUAUCGGAAUUGUUACGAUGGGACUGUACGGCAUCAUGGACGAGGAGUUGCUGGCUUGCAUAGGGGCGUGA